CUCUCUUCCCUGCCUUUUUUUCCCUUCGCCGCCCUACUCCCUUAUUAGCUUUACGACAUCUUUUCUCUCCUCCCUCUUCAUUGCCUCCGUGUUAAGCUAGGUUUCGGGAACACACGCUCCUUUUUGCUCGAGUUUUAUUUUAUCAUACUUUAAUUUUUUAAUAUCUUUUAUCCUACCACGAUUGUUCUCAACUACAACCUCCACACUUAUUCAACAUUUGACAGGAGGUGGGAAAUAGUGAAUAGAAGGCAGCAUGGGGUUUUUUGGAGUCUUGGUGUCUUAUGUUGCGCCGUUGUUUAUCGUUACCAGCCCGCUUACGAGCUAUGCGGAUCAGAUCCGGAAUAUACACGUAACAAAAUCCUCCCGAGGCUUUUCACUGGACACACCCUUAAUAAUGCUCAUAGCAUCCAUACUCCGCUGCUUCUACUGGCUCGGGGCGGAUUUUGAGACUAGUCUUUUGAUACAAAGCAUAAUAAUGAUAUUUGUCCAACUCCUCCUCCUAAAAGUCGCCCUUGACUACCGCCCACCCUCCUACCCCCCACUCUCGCCGCCAACUCCCACAGCUUCCCCAACUUCCACCUCCCACUCUCCGCCCUUCCCACCAUACCCACCAGCCCCGCGGCCCUACAAUUUCUGGCAAUGGCCCACUCAAAAACCGUACUGGUCGUUCCUCCUCUACUUUUCCCUUAUAACACUGACCCUACACCUACUCUUCGGUUCCAGCCAGCUCUUCAUCGACAUGGUCGGGUACCUGGCCUUGGGUGUGGAAGCCACGCUACCAAUACCGCAGGUGCUCUCAAACCAGAGCAGCCGCUCGUGCGAUGGCUUCCGCCUCAGCGUGUUGGCCAGCUGGCUGCUCGGCGACGUGAUGAAGAUACUCUACUUUUUCUCGGCAGAGCAUGUGAGUGUGCAGUUCAAGCUUUGUGCUGGCGUGCAAUUCACCCUUGAUACGUAUUUGGGUGUGCAAUCUUGGAUGUUUGGUAGUGGUGUGGGGGAGGGGGUUAGGAGGUGGGAGUUGGAGAUGGUGGAAAGGGGGGAGAUGAGACUUGCAUAGGAAGUUGAGUCGUAACAAUAGUUGUAAUUUGGGUUCUUCGGGUGUUCUUUUAUCCCAUUAUUUUUUUGACUCUUUUCAGGCACGCACGACAGUAGGGAUAGAGAUAUAUAGAGUGGUCAAAAUGUG